UGGAGUGCGGAGGAACCAGGGGCUACCCCUCAGCCAUACUCGGGGCUAAUCCUGGAGUAUGGAGGAGCCAGGGGCUACCCCUCAGCCGUACCUGGGACCGAUCCCGCAGUUGCCACACAGGGUUGUGGCAGCACUGACUGAAGGUAUGAGAACAGAUUCUCAUCCUUAUGGUUUUCCAUGGGAAUUGGUGAUACAUGCAGCUGUUGUUGGAUUUUUUGCUAUUCUCCUUUUUCUGUGGCGAACUUUUAGAUCGGUUAGGAGUCGGCUUUAUGUGAGAAGAGAGAAAAAACUUGCUGUGGAGCUUUCUGGACUAAUUGAAGACAAAUGUAAACUACUCGAAAUAUUUAGCCUUGUUGAAAAAGAGUAUGAAGACUAUGAAGUAGAGUCAUCUUUAGAGGAUGCCAGCUUUGAGAAGGCGGCAGCAGAAGCACGAAGUUUGGAGGCAACCUGUGAAAAGCUGAACAGGGCAAAUUCUGAGCUUGAGCAUGAAAUACUCUGUCUAGAAAAAGAGUUAAAAGAAGAGAAAUCUAAACAUUCUGAACGAGAUGAAUUGAUGGCGGAUAUUUCCAAAAGCAUACAGUCGCUGGAAUAUGAGUCAAAAUCCCUCAAAUCACAAGUAGCUGAAGCCAAAAUGACCUUCACGACAUGUCAAAUGAACGAAGAACGACUGAAGAUAGCAACAAAAGAUGCUUUGAAUGAAAAUUCUCAACUUCAACAAAGCCAGAAGCAGCUUUUGCAAGAAGGUGAAGUAUGGAAAGAACAAGUGAGUGAACUUAAUAAACAGAAAAUAACAUUUGAAGACUCCAAAGUACAUGCAGAACAAGUUCUAAAUGACAAAGCAAAUCACAUCAAGACUCUGACUGAACGCUUGCUAAAGAUGAAAGAUUGGGCUGGGAGGCUUGAAGAAGACAUAACGGAUGAUGAUAACUUAGAAGUGAACAGUGAAUCGGAAGAUGGUGCUCACUUAGAUGAUCCUUCAAAAGGAGCUUUGAAGAAGCUGAUCCAUGUAGAGUUAAAUGCUUCUUUAAAAACCUUAGAAGGAGAAAGAAACCAAAUUUAUAUUCAGUUAUCUGAAGUUGAUAAAACAAAGGAAGAGCUUACAGAGCGUAUUAAACAUCUUCAGACUGAACAAGCAUCUUUGCAGUCAGAAAACACACAUUUUGAAAGUGAGAAUGAGAAGCUUCAACAGAAUCUUAAAGUAAUGACUGAAUUAUAUCAAGAAAACGAAAUGAGCCUCUACAGGAAAUUAAUAGUAGAGGAAAAAAGGCGGUUAGAGAAAGAAGAGAAACUUUCUAAAGUAGACGAAAUGAUGAGCCAUGCCACUAAAGAGCUGGAGACCUAUAGACAGCGAGCCAAAGAUCUUAAAGAAUUUGAGAAAACUAUUCCUUUUUAUCAAAGGAAGACUAUUUCCCAUGAGGAAAAAGCACGUCAUAAUUGGUUGGCAGCUCGGGCUGCUGAAAGAAACCUCAGCAAUUUAAGGAAAGAAAAUGCCCACAACAGACAAAAAUUAGCUGAAACAGAGUAUAAAAUAAAGCUUCUAGAAAAGGAUCCGUAUGCACUUGAUGUGCCAACUACGGCAUUUGGCAGAGAGCGUUCCCCAUAUGGUCCCUCACCAUUGGGUCGGCCUUCACCUGAAACGAGAGCUUUUCUCUAUCCUCCAACCCUGCUGGAGGGUCCACUCAGACUCUCACCUCUGCCUCCAAGGGAAGAAAGAAGAGGCUCAAGAGGCCCAGGGAAUCCUCCGGACCAUCAGAUUGCCAAUGAAAGAGGAGAAUCAAGCUGUGAGAGGUUAACCCGUCCUCACAGGGCUCCUUCUGACACUGGGCCCCUGCCAUCUCCGUGGGAACAGGACCGUAGGAUGAUGUUUCCUCCACCAGGACAGUCAUAUCCUGAUUCAGCUCCUCCUCCCCAAAGGGAAGACAGAUUUUAUUCCAACUCUGCUAGGCGCUCUGGACCAGCAGAACUCAGAAGUAUAAAUAUGCCUUCUUUGGAUAAAAUGGAUGGGUCAAUGCCUUCAGAAAUGGAAUCCAGUAGAAAUGAUAUCAGAGAUGAUCCUGGGAAUUUAAAUGUGCCUGAUUCAUCUCUGCCCACUGAAAAAGAAGCAACUGGCCCUGGCUUUAUUCGUCCACCUCUUGCUCCAAUCAGAGGUCCAUUGUUUCCAGUGGAUACAAGAGGCCCGUUCAUGAGAAGAGGACCUCCUUUCCCCCCACCUCCUCCAGGAACCAGGUUUGGAGCUCCUCGAGAUUAUUUUCCACCAAGGUAUUUCCCAGGUCCACAACACGCUCCAUUUGCAACGAGAAACGUCUAUCCACCGAGGGGUUUUCCUCCUUACCUUCCCCCAAGACCUGGAUUUCUCCCCCCACCCCCACAUUCUGAAGGUUGAAGUGAGUUCCCUUCAGGGCUGAGUCUGCCUUCAAAGGAGCCUGCUACUGAACAUCCAGAACCACAGCAAGAAACCUGACAAUAUUUUUGCCCUCUUCAACAGUCAUUUUGACUGAUCUCAUUUUCAAUUUUAAGUAACGGCUGUUACUUAAGUGAUUACACUUUUGCUCAAAUUGAAACUUAAUGGAAUUAUAAUUCUCAGGAUAGUAUUUUGUAAAUAAGGAUGAUUUACAUAUGAAUCUUAUGAAUAAAUUGUUUUCAUUUUA